UUUCGAGCACACAUACAUACAUUCCUGAGUGACGGAUAGAGCGACGACGACAUGUCGCCCAAUCGAUGGAUACUCCUGCUGAUCUUCUACAUUUCGUAUCUGAUGCUCGGCGCUGCCAUCUACUAUCACAUCGAGCACGGUGAGGAGAAGGUGGCGCGGACUGAGGCCGCCGAAGAGCGCCAGGAGAUCCAUGCAUAUCUGGUGGAAGAGCUCUCGGAUAAGAAUGUGAGCACACAGAACGAGAUACUCGAACGGAUAACGGAGUACUGCGGCAAGCCGGUGACGGAUAUCGCGAAGGAUGAGCACGAGAUCCCCUUCACGUGGACCUUCUACCAUGCCUUCUUCUUUGCCUUCACCGUCUGCUCGACGGUGGGCUACGGCAACAUAUCGCCGACCACAUUUGCGGGUCGUAUGAUCAUGAUUGUGUACUCGGUGAUCGGUAUACCGGUCAAUGGCAUACUCUUUGCCGGCCUGGGCGAGUACUUUGGGCGAACGUUCGAGGCCAUCUAUCGAAGGUACAAGAAGUACAAGAUGAGCACGGACAUGCACUAUGUGCCGCCGCAACUGGGGCUCAUUACCACCGUGGUGAUCGCUUUGGUGCCGGGCAUAGCCCUGUUCCUGCUGCUGCCCUCGUGGGUGUUCACAUACUUCGAGAACUGGCCCUACUCCAUCUCGCUGUACUACAGCUAUGUGACGACCACAACCAUUGGAUUUGGCGACUACGUGCCCACAUUUGGGCCCAAUCAGCCGCGUGAGUUUGGCGGCUGGUUUGUGGUCUAUCAGAUCUUUGUCAUCAUUUGGUUUAUCUUCUCGCUGGGAUAUCUGGUCAUGAUCAUGACAUUCAUCACGCGAGGUCUGCAGAGCCAGAAGCUGGCGCAUCUGGAGCAGCAGCUGUCCUCCAAUCUGAAGGCCACGCAGAACCGCAUCUGGACGGGCGUCACCAAGGAUGUUGGCUACCUCAGGCGCAUGCUCAACGAGCUCUAUAUCCUCAAAGUGAAGCCUGUCUACACGGACAUCGAUUUUGCAUAUACCAUGCCGCGCUCCGCUUCCUGUCCGGAUCUGAGCAUGUACCGUGUGGAACCAGCACCGAUACCGAGCCGCAAGCGAGCCUUCUCCGUGUGCGCCGAUUUGGCCGCAGCCCAGGAUGCGGCAGCGGCUUCGGGACUAAUGAUUCACGCCAGCUCCGACACGGAGCUGAGCAAGCUGGAUCGGGAGAAGACAUUCGAGACGGCGGAGGCAUAUCGCCAGACGACGGAUCUGCUGGCAAAGGUGGUCAGUGCUCUGGCGACUGUGAAGCCGCCGCCGGCAGCGGAAUCGGAGGACCCGGCGCUCUAUGGGGGCUACCAUGGCUUCUCUGACUCACAGAUCCUGGCCAGCGAAUGGUCCUUCUCGACGGUGAAUGAGUUCUCGGCCCCGCCACCCCGUCGCCAGCGGGCCCGCGCCUGUUCCGACUUCAACAUCGAUCCGCCGCACUGGAAGAGCGAGCGUCCGCUGCGGGCCUUGCACAACGAGUGGACCUGGAGCGGGGACAACCAGCAGAUUCAGGAGGCCUUCAACAAUCGCUACAAGGGCCAUGCCGCCAACGGCGGAGCCACCUCCAUGGUCCACCUGGAGCCGGAUGCCCUGGAGGAGCAGCUCAAGAAGGCGGGCAACACCUCGACCCCCAUUGCCGGGCGCGUCAAGAAGUUCUCGAUGCCGGAUGGCCUACGUCGGCUGUUUCCCUUCCAGCGAAAGCGCCACUCCCAGGAUCUGGAGCGGAAGCUGUCCGUUGUCUCGGUGCCGGAGGGGGCCACCGCACUGCCGCCCCGCUCUCCACUCGACUACUACAACAACACGGUCACCGCCGCCUCCAGCCAGUCGUAUCUGCGCAACGGUCGCGGUCCGCCGCCACCCUUCGAUUCAAAUGGCAGCCUCGCCUCCGGCGGCGGCCUGACCAACCUGGGCUUCCAUCUGGACGACACGGAGCAGGCCUCCCUCCCAGCCGGAGCAGGAGCUAGUGGAGCGUACCAGCGUCGGCCGCCGGCUGCUGGCAAGCGGCGCCGCGAGAGCAUCUACACCCAGAAUCCCGCCAUUGCCGGCCGCCGGGGCAGCAUGUAUCCACCCACAGCAGCGGCGGCGGCCCUGGCCCAGAUGCAGAUGCGACGCGGCAGCAUGGCCACCAGCGGCUCGGGAUCUGCGGCAAUGGCAGCAGUGGCGGCCCGACGGGGCAGCCUCUUCCCGGCCACGGCCACGGCCUCGUCCUCAUCGAUGGCUUCGAUGGCGGCGCCGCGACGCUCAAGCAUCUUCUCGGUGACCUCCGAGAAGGAUAUGAACGUGCUGGAGCAGACCACCAUAGCGGAUCUCAUACGAGCCCUCGAGGUGGUGCACACCCACGCCGUGCUGGACGAGCAGCAGCAGGCGGCUGCGGCAGCAUCAACGGCCGGCGGCGGCAACAGGCUGGGCAGCCGGAAGCAACGCAAGAUGGGCAAUGCUGGCCUCGAUCCACCCCAGCUGCCGCCCAUACUCUCUCUCUUUGCCGGCGACCAGACCCGCUCACUGCAGGCGGCCGCCGCCAAUCGUCUGUAUGCCCGUCGCUCCACCAUCGUGGGCACCAUGUCGCCGAGUGGCACAAGCCGACCGAUUCUGGAGCCACCACCAAGCUACACGGAGCGGGCAAGCGGUCAGAAUCCGAUUCAGAAUCAAGGGGCAGCCUCAACGACUGCAGCCUUGGCCUCGAGCACGGGCAAGUUCCGACGCCGCUUCAGUGUCCGGCCCACGGCACUGCAGAUACCGCCCGGUCAAGCGCCGCCACCCGGCGCCAGCCUGAUCGAGCAGGCAACGGGCACGGGCACCAGCCCCUCGCAGUCCGCACUGCAGCGCCGCCUCUCGCUGCGUCCCUCGCCGCUGGCCCGUGAACUGUCGCCCACCUCGCCCCCAGGAGGAGGAGCUACCGGUACCACUGCGGCGGACGAGGCCUCAGCCACACGACUGCUGCCCCUGCCGGCGGGGACAAGGCCCAGCACCAGCAGCACCCACUCACCGCUGUCGAGAAUCGUGCAGAUAUCGCAGGCGCAGCGUAAGAGCAGCAUGCCCACCGCGGGACCUGGAGCGGGCUCGGGCCCUGGGGGAGAGAAGUAGGUGCCGGUGUGCUUAUCCAUACCAAUGUCAAUGAAAGUGAUCGUUUAUCCACCUGUCUGUCGAUAAGGAAUAAUCCUUAGUUGUUAUGAUUAUGUUAUACUAUAUGUAGGGGCCCCAAAGAGGCCCCUCCCAAAGAGAUGUACGAUCUGUUAUCCUAAUAUUAUGUACUCUCUGUACUAUUCUCUCUUAUUUUUUUGUUUGUUAUCCUAUAUUUAUAUUUAUACUUAUCCUCUACAAUAUAUACUCUGUGUAUGCAUAAUGCUAAGAAGGGGCUUACAUGAACAAACGAAACAUCAGCGUAUUCGAAAGGAACUUUGCAAACGAUCCAAUAGAUAGGUAGAUUUAGUUUCACGGCAAGUUUAUGCCGAGAGAUGAAAAACUUGGCACAUUCCAAAUUUACUAUUACUAUUCCAUACUCGUGCAUAUAUUAAACAUUGUCAUAUACCAGCAUAAGACAAAAAUGGAUGUAUAUCAAUUUUGUGCAAAAAAGAACAUGGGAAUCAAUGCACUUAUAUAUGCUAUCCCACAACUGGAAAUGGGGAUGGGAUAUUCCUUAGCAGGCACCAACUUACAGACACUACCGAUGCCUGCCACAAUAUAUUAAUAAUAAACUCCUGCAUUAGUUUAACCAAA